CUUCAAACAACAGUCUCCUUUGCUUUUCUCUCUCUACCGAAAGGGACGAACACAAAUCUCUCUCUAGCUUUAGCUCUUGCUUCACUUCCAGUCAUUUUGCUCUGUUUUUGGAAGCUAGAUCUGAUCUUGAAGGAAGAUGUGUGGCUUCUGAUUAUAGUGUUCCUGGAUUUACGCAAUCACAAUCGUGCGAUUUCCGACCUUGCAAUGGUGGUAUAAUAGAUGGAUUGUUUGCGAGCAAUUAUUUGUUAGUCCAAUGCUGAAAUUUGGUUCGUGGUGAUCGAAACUUAAAAACAGAUUCUGCUUUCUACUGUAUGUAUUGUGCCUUCAGCAAAGUAUAGGUGAAGAUGGAAGCAGUGAAAGAUGCCAACAUUCCAGUGGAUUACAUUGAGUUCCAUAUUUUUCCUAGCCAAAACAGAUAUGAGGCAUGGGUAUGCUAUGCUAACAAGAAAGAGAAAGUCAAAUCUGGACUCUUGGAGCAUCUAUUGCUGCAUUCAGUUGACAUCAAAGCUUUGCAUUCAAAAGGAUGUGAUGACAAGUAUAAACUUUUCACACCAGAAAAUUUGCACGGCAGUGAAUGGUUUACUAAAUCCACAUUGAUAAGGUUCCUGCAUAUAAUUGGGUCAGAAGACAUAUUAGAAGUCACUAAUUCCUUGAAAAAUGAGAUAUCUCAGCUGGAGGAGGCUCGCAGUUUUCAUCUUUCUUUAUAUGCAAAGGGUAAAGAAUAUCAGUUCCAAAGUGGGCUAUCUGAUGACAGCUGCGCGGAUGAAGCAGGAUCUACAGCAGAAGCUGACAACUCAAGUGCUUCCAAGAAUGAAUUGUUGCGGGCCAUGGACUUGAGGCUUAAUGCCCUGCGGGAUGAGUUGGCAACUGCUUUUGACCAAGCUGCUGGUUCUCGAUACUCUGUGGAGGAGAUGACUGAUAUAGAAAAGUUUUCUCGACAUCUUGGAUCAACAAAUUUGAGUGAUUCAUUAGGAAAAUAUGUAGAACUGAGACAUGGAGCUCAGGCUGUUGAACUUUCAGAAAAUGAUGGGUUAAAACCGAGAGAAAGGAGCAAUCAUCCAAUUAAAUCAGCUUGUUCAGAGCUUCCAGUAAUAUAUGGUGUCUCACCUGCCAAAGCGGCACAGGUAGAGAGGCAAAGCUCUACAGGAAGUGAUGAAUCUUCUUUUUCAAGUGAGGAAGAGCAACCAUCCACGGAAAGAAGUCGGACUCUUAUAAGAUCUGCUUCACCUAGGAGGUCAGCAUCUCCAAUGCGGAGGGUACAAAUUGGACGAUCUGGAUCUCGAAGGUCUACUGCAAUAACUAUUAAAAGUCUGAACUAUUUUCCUUCCCGGGAUAGAAUGUUUCCUAAAGACUCUGCAGAUGAUAGUGAUGAAGAUUGCUUGGAGCAAGCGCUCAAAAAACCAGAGAAUAAUGCGAAGAGAAUGAGUGUACAAGAUGCGAUAAAUCUUUUUGAAAGAAAACAGAAGGAUCAAACAGUGGAUAGUCAGAAGGCUAGCUCCUUGUUGAGUGCAUCAAUUGGAAUGAACAAGUCUGUAUUGAGAAGAUGGAGCAGUGGAAUGGGCGAAGAUUCUUCACAAUGUCCUCAAGAUGAUGUUACUGAGGAUUCUGCUACUGAGAAUCAAAAUAAUGUAGAAAGCAAUGAAGUUAUAUAUAGUUUGCGAAAGUCCAAAGCAGAGCAGGUAGUUGCUUCAGAAGACUUUCCUUUUGCGCAUUGUGAAUCAGAUGCAAAUUUGAAUUCACCUGAAAAAGAAACAUGCACUCCUAUAAUAAUGCAAGAGGAUACUUGUCCGACUGAAUCAACUGACAUUAAUGAAAAAAUAGUCACCUCAGCAGAGUGGAGCCGUCAAAAGGAAGCAGAACUAAAUGAACUGCUGAUGAAGAUGAUGGAAACCAAACCUGUGAAAAGCCGUACUGCUGUGCCAGCUGGUAGCAAAAGACAAAGCUUGCCGUCUGAGAAGAGAGGUGGAUUUUAUGAUCAUUACAAGGAGAAGAGGGAUGAGAAACUUCGGGGAGAAGCUACAAAAAAAAGAGAAGGAAAAGACAAGCACCUCAAAGGGAUGCAACAAAAUGUUGAUACAAAAAAAUCACAGCUGAGCCCAGCAAAUGGUGAUAUUGGUAGAAAACAUAAUGUGAAGAAGCUCCAGAAACUACAAAUUAUUGCAUCUCAACCAGUAAAUCCCAAGGUAGAAAACCCUAGACCUGGGGCUGUUAAGAAAGUAUCUACGAAAGCUUCUUCACUGCCUGCCACUCGUAAAUCAUGGCCAUCAAUUCCAUCUCCCGCUGCUAGAGGGCCAUCCCCUGGAACUAGAGGGCCAUCUCCUGCUAAAACCCAGAGUGUGCAAUCAGCUUCUGGUGCUGUGCCAACUCGUAGAAGGUCGCAGCAAACAGUGCCGGCUUCUCAGGUUAGCUCAAAAGUAGAGACAUCUCGAAUACGAGCAAAAUCUGUAACGCCGAAUCAAAAUGACAGCAAGAAGACCCUGAAACCUGCCGUUGAAAAAAAGCAGCAAUCUGUGACUAAGUCUAAGAAAACUAUCAAAAGCAUCGUUCAGACUGCCACAGAAGAAACUCUUGUUUCCUCUGCGAAACCUAAUUUAUAUAACAAGGCGACAAAGAAGAACAGUGUAGUUCCAUUGGAAUCAAAGCCUUUUCUUCGUAAAGGCUCUAAAAAUACCUCCAGUGUUAAUCCAACUGUGAAGAAAAAAGCAUCUCCUCAAGAACCGUUGAGGAAGGCUGGGUAUCUGUUGCUGGCCGAUGACAAACCAACAGUUUCUAAGCCAUCUGAUUUAGCUGCUCAGCAUGAAGAAAGGGAAAACGAAGACUUUAAAGUUCACACUAGCACGGAAUCUGGGACCAGCACAAAGAGUCCCCCACAAUGUAACAACAAGGAAGAUGUAGGUGAGGUUAACCCUACCACUGGAGAUAGCACCGCCAGAGUAGAAGAGCCUAAAUUGAAAGCUGAUGCUGAUGCUGAGGCUGAGGCUGAGGCUGAGGCUGAAGAAGAAUUGACCAUCUCACCAACAGCUUGGGUGGAAAUAGAGGAGCAAGAUCACUCCAUGAACUCUGUUGAACACAGUAUCCAAAAAGGGGUUUCACCAGCUUAUAAGGCGCCUAUUGAAGCGUCAAGUCCUCGAAUUCGUCAUUCCCUGUCACAGAUGCUUCUUGAGGAGAGCAGUGAACCUGAUUCCAGUGAAUGGGGAAUUGCUGAAAAUCCUCCAGCAAUGGUCUACCACAAAGAUGCACGCAAAGGGUUAAAGAGGCUGUUAAAAUUUGCCCGUAAGAGUAAAACUGAUGCGAACUCAACAGGUUGGUCUAGCCCAUCUGUCUUUUCUGAAGGAGAGGACGAUUCUGAUGAUUCCAGAUUCACAAGCAAGAGAAGUUCUGAAAAUCUGUUGAGGAUAGCAACCCAUCAUUCAAAGAACAACGGGCACCAGAAGAACUUCUCUGAUUAUGAACAACAUGCUCAAGCAAGUAUUAGGAAGCUUGAUGCUCAGAGUUUAUCUCAGCAGUUUCAGGAGGGAAAUGUUUCUGCUUCUGUGACUGUAACAAAAGCAACAAGGUCAUUCUUCUCUCUUUCAGCAUUUAAAGGCAGCAAAUAGGACAUGAAAACUGUAAUCCCGAUUCUGCGGGUAGCUUGCAACUUGGAGGUAGGACAGGACUAUUAUAACUUAUGUUUUUGCACAAAACAAUUUCAUGAUCCGGACAAAGUAGACCACCCUCAUAUUCCUUCCGAUGAUUGAAUUGAUUAUAGCAUGUAAAAGAAAACAAGAUUAGAAUUUAGAAGUCUUAGCUAUGUCUCUUGGACACAAAUCACACAACAUUUGGUAUUUCAUCUCUUUGGAUGAUCAUUGUGUUGUAUUUGUGUCUAUGCAGCUUGGCAUUUGGUUGUAUCAAAUCUUGUGUAAUCAUUAAAAUUUUAGUUUCUAUCAGUCCAAUA